GCGACACCGCAGAAGGAUGUUGUAAUAAAACUUGAUGCCCCAAGCACGCUACUUUCGGAGAAACACGCGGACUACAUAGCUUCAUAUGGAACAAAGAAAGAUGAUUAUGAAUACUGUAUGUCGGAGUAUUUGAGGAUGAGUGGUGUUUACUGGGGGCUGACAGCAAUGGAUCUCAUGGGGCAGCUGCACCGAAUGAACAAAGAAGAAAUUCUGGCAUUCAUCAAAUCAUGUCAACAUGAAUGUGGUGGAAUAAGUGCCAGCACAGGUCAUGAUCCUCAUCUUCUGUAUACCCUCAGUGCUGUCCAGAUUCUUAUCUUAUAUGAUAGUCUCCAUGUUGUUGAUGUAAAUAAAAUUGUUGAAUAUAUACAGAACUUACAAAAAGAAGAUGGAUCAUUUGCUGGAGACAAAUGGGGAGAAAUAGAUACGAGGUUCUCCUUCUGUGCUGCCGCAACACUUGCACUUCUGGGAAAGCUCGAUGCUAUUGAUGUGGGGAAAGCAGUAGAAUUCGUUUUAUCCUGUAUGAACUUUGAUGGAGGAUUUGGUUGUAGACCGGGUUCCGAAUCACAUGCAGGACAGAUAUAUUGUUGCACAGGAUUUCUGGCUAUAACAGACCAGUUGCAUCAAAUAAAUGUUGACUUGCUGGGUUGGUGGCUUUGUGAACGUCAGUUACCUUCUGGAGGUCUCAACGGACGACCGGAGAAGUUACCUGAUGUAUGUUAUUCAUGGUGGGUGCUAGCAUCUUUGAAGAUGAUUGGUAGGUUACAUUGGAUUGACAGAGAGAAACUGCGCUGCUUUAUUUUGGCUUGCCAGGAUGAGGAGACUGGAGGAUUUGCUGACAGACCAGGAGAUAUGGUGGAUCCAUUUCACACCUUAUUUGGAAUUGCUGGACUGUCUUUAUUAGGAGAAGAACAAAUUAAGGCUGUCAAUCCUGUCUUUUGUAUGCCAGAAGAUGUCCUUCGAAGAAUAAAUGUACAGCCUGAGCUUGUGAGCUAAACCUCAUAGAGACAAAACGUUGAUAUGCCCAGUUGCUUCGGUUUUACAGAUUUAAGUCAUCUCAUCUCUGAAACUGUUAGCAUAUUCUUCUUUGAGAUGUGUUUACAUUAUGAAAGUAAAGCAAUAGCUUUACUGUGGGCUUUGUCACUUUGUAAACUGUAUAAGAACAGGCUGGUUCUAAUAACUGGAGUGUAACGUGUUCUUUGGUUGUAUGUAAGAGAUGUAGAAACAUUUCUAAUCUGUGUUUAAAUAUAUGGGCCUUUGCUUCUUUUUUUUUUUUUUUGAAAUAUUCAAGUCAAAGCAGCAGUGUGAAUGCUUUAUUUUUGUAUUCCUGUGAUAUCAACUGUGCUAGCAUCUGUCUUUAUCCAAGCAUGUUUUGAUGGUG